UUCCCUGAGCACGGCUCUGAUUUUCUGAAGUUGCCUCAUUUCCCGGUAGGGGACCGGGCACGGUGAGCCGGGGCUGUUCUUCCCGCUCCAACCGACAACUGCCCAUUAUGGCGGAGAUGCUGAGCCUGCAGCUGCUGACUCUCUGGCUGGUGUGUCACGCAGACAGCACUCCAGCUGCUGCCCGCUCAUCUCCUUGGGCUCCCAAGAAGUCCGAGGACCCAGGCAGCCACGCUUACUCAGUCUCCCCAGCCUCCAACCCCAGGCCGUGGCUGGGUGCUCAGCCCGCUGCAGUUGUGACUCCCGGGGUCAAUGUCACCUUGAGGUGCCAGGCACCCCAGCCCGCCUGGAGGUUUGCACUCUUCAGGUCUGCAGAGCUCACUGAUGUGAUUUACCGGGAUGCAUCUGCGGAACUGGAGGAGUUCUUCCUGGAGGAGGUGACCCCAGCCCAGGGGGGCAGUUACCACUGCUGCUACUGGAGGCGAGGCUGGGAGCCAAAUGCCUGGUCCCACCCCAGUGAUGCCCUGGAACUGCUGGUGACAGACGAGCUGCCGCGCCCGUCGCUGGUGGCGCUGCCCGCGCCGGUGGUGGCACCCGGGGCCAACGUGAGCCUGCGCUGCGCCGGCCGCCUGCGGGGCAUGAGCUUCGCGCUGUACCGCGAGGGCGAGGCGGCCCCGCUGCAGUACCGGGACUCGGAGCAGCCCUGGGCGGACUUCCCGCUGCUCGGCGCCCGCGCGCCGGGCACCUACACCUGCUACUACCACACGCCCUCCGCCCCCUACGUGCUGUCGGCGCGCAGCGAGCCGCUGGUGGUCCGCGCGGACGGCUCGGGCGCCUCGGACUACACCCAGGGCAACGUCCUCCGCCUGGGGCUGGCGGGCCUGGUUCUCAUCUCGCUGGGCGCGCUGGUCGUUUUCGACCGGCACAGCCAGAAUCGCGCCUCCGGCCACGUCUGGGCCUGAGCCCGGGAGGGCAGAGAAGACUUCCCAGAGGGGAAGGAGGAGCCGCGGGGGUCCCGUGGUUGGACCGGCCCUGCCGGCAGCCCCACAGCCCAGCUUCCCGAGUAAUGACGUCCUUGCACCGCGCCCGGAUCUUCCUCCUGCGCCAUCUCUCCAGGACCCCCCAGAUCAGUAGAAGGCGCUAUCGGUGGUUAAGCCUUCCUAACCAGUAAGACCUGACGCCGAACUCCAGUGCCGCUCCUCUCUCCUUGUGGGGUAUUAGGAAAGCGACACUUCCCAGCCUCCGCUGCCCUGGCGGUGAAACGGAAGCCUUGGAAAUACUUCAUUAGGGUUACCUUGGACAAUGCUCAAUAAAUGUCAGCUCCUGUAUAAGAGCUGCUUCUCUCAGA